AUGACUUCCUUGGAGGGACGAGAUAUUGUUAUUGGUAGUAAAUACAAACUAGGCAGAAAGAUUGGCGCAGGUUCAUUUGGUGAAAUCUACUUGGGGACAAACAUACUUAGCGGAGAAGAUGUGGCUGUGAAGCUGGAAAAUAUAAGAGCGGCUCAUCCUCAGUUGGAAUACGAAGCUAGAGUAUAUAAGACCUUGGCUGGCGGUGUCGGUAUACCCUUUGUUAGAUGGUACGGUAAAGAAGGCGACUACAACGUGCUCGUUAUGGAUUUACUGGGACCCUCCAUGGAAGACCUCUUCAAUUAUUGUAAACGACGAUUUUCUUUGAAAACAGUCCUACUCUUGGCCGAUCAACUGCUGUCACGCGUCGAAUAUGUCCAUUCAAAAGGCUUUAUUCACAGAGAUAUCAAACCCGACAAUUUCCUAAUGGGGAUCGGCAAACGCGGCAAUCAAGUCAACAUGAUCGACUUUGGCUUAGCUAAACGAUUCAGAGACCCGAAAACAAAUGUACAUAUACCCUACAGAGAAAACAAGAAUCUGACCGGUACACCACGUUAUGCAAGCGUCAACACACAUCUAGGCAUAGAACAAUCGCGACGUGACGAUUUGGAGUCAUUGGGCUAUAUCCUUGUGUAUUUUUGCAGAGGACAGUUGCCAUGGCAGGGAAUCCGAGCACGGACAAAGAAAGAAAAAUACGAUAAAAUCAUGGAGAAAAAAAUGACCACGCCUGCAGACGCAUUAUGCCGGGGUCUGCAUCAGGAGUUUGCAAUAUACCUCAAUUACGUCCGUUCCCUCCGAUUUGACGACAAGCCAGAUUAUUCCUAUUUACGUAAACUGUUCCGUGAUCUUUUCGUACGGGAAGGUUUCCAAUAUGACUAUGUUUUCGACUGGACAAUGCGUAAAAUGCAGGAAAAAAAAUUGGCUGAAGGACAAGCACCCGUGCCGAUGGAUCCGCCCUUGUAUAAUUCAUCGAGUUUGCCAUUUGAUCCGGCAUUACCUGUGCAACAACGACGUGCUGUAAUGACGAACGCGGCGCUUCCUUCUUCUUCAGCACACCGAUCGCCUGCACCUUACCGUACGGAUGUUAAAUCGCCCGAAACCUCGAAGCGCUUAGACGAUGUCAUGCUUCAAUACCAGCAACAACAGAAAAUGAUGCAACAUCAAUCGCCGUAUCACCACCCUUCCUCAUCGCAUAUGAUAGCCCAACAACCGCAGCAACCAGUUUUACCACAAGAACAUGGCUACCUAUCGAACUUUGGGUACUCGGGAACCGGGGGUGGAAGGAUGUUGGUGCGUGACAACCAGGCAGGUGGUAAGUAA